CGGAACAGCGCCACAGCAGGCAACCCAUGUCUCUUGGCUCUCUCCUACCCUCUGCCUCUUGUCUCUCCAUCGACGACGUCGCGAUCCGCUGUGCAGAAGCAGAGCGAGUGCAGCGGGCGUGGGCGUUAUGAGGGAGGUGAGGCUGAAACCCAUCGAAGCGACCCCCGAGACCUUCGGGGAGUUCGGCCAAGUCAUCGAGGCGGCCCCGGACGGCGACGAGUUCGGUCCUGAGGACGCUCAGCUCGACCUCAGUCGUGGAGUUCCCAGGUUUUACAUAAUGCAUAUUGAAGAUCGACCAUUAAAGUUUUCCAAUAUAACACAUCAUGCCAGUGUGACCCAGUGUCUUGGUUCAAUUGGUGGGCAUGCUUGGUAUCUCGGUGUAGCUAAACCCUCCAUCGCAGCUCCUGGGGAAGUGACAGAUGAAACUGCCGAAAACUUAAAGCAGUCUCGGUGUGGUCACUUCUAUGUGCCUCCUGCUGUGGAUGAUGUGUCUGUGUUCAGAAUUUCUGGUUCCAAAUUUGUGAAGCUCCAUCGCGGUACAUGGCAUGCUGGGCCCCUGUUUCAGGCAGACAAGAUGGAUUUCUACAACUUAGAACUGAGUAAUACCAAUUUAUCACGUGCCAUGCAGGUGGUGGAUCACACUCUUCACAACUUCAGGGAGGAGAAUGGAGUUGUCUUCUUCAUCGAUGCGUAGCACUCUUGCCUUUAUGCUUCUGGGUAAACGUCUGCUGCAGUGACACAGUGCCGCUAUGGAUGGAAGGGAGAAAAAAAUGAUUCCAAGCGCCAAAUUUUUUGCAUACUGAAUAAGACUCUAGAAAGGUCAGGAGUCCGUACUGUACAUUGUAAGUUCUCAUUUUGAGAUAAACUGAUCACAACCACCAUGUGUAUGACAAGAUGAAUGAUUCUGUCAAUGUCGGUUCUUUUCCUUUGUCCUAAUGGGGUCACUUUCAUGUACAUCUUUCGUAUUUUUUUUUUUUUCAAAGAGGAAGACGGAUGCUAGGAAUAUCAGACCGAGAAGGAUGUACUAGCUCUCUGUCAUCUACUCUUUACAGCCUAUUCUCAACAUCAAAACAUGCUUCUU